GCAGGGCACAGGGUGGGGGUGGCUUCUGGCCUUCUCCGCAUGCUGGGCCUUCACCGGGCCGUGGCUCUCUGGAGGUCAUUUAGCCCGGCACCCCCUGAGCAAGUCCCUCAGGGUUUGUCCGGGCGGCUUUGGAAUGGCCUUAGGGAAGGAGACUCCACGGGUUCUCUGGGCAGCCAGCGCCCACCGAGGAAGGAGGAAAGAGAAGUGGAAGCAGACGGAGCAGUUCGUGAGAAGGAGGAGAGGAGCGAGCCCAGCCUGAUCCACCCCCCGCCCCGCCGCCGGAGCUACGUCCCGCCCGAGGACCUGCAGAGCUGCCUGGAGUCCCACGUCAGGGAGGUCUUCGGGGCCUGUGUUCCCGAGGACUGGCAGCAGGCUCCCCUGCAGGAGAACAGGCUGAAGCACCGCCUGCUGGCCCGGCUGGCGGCAGAGCUGGGACACGCUGUCCCCAACUCGCAGCUGCACCGCAUGCGCCGCGCCGGGGACGUGCUGGGUUUCUAUCGCACGCCCGUGAAGGACGGCACCAAGAUCGAUGAACUCGCGGCCGCAGAGCUGCCCCCGAACCUGAAAAUCAUUUGGCAGCAGUGAGUGCCCCCACGCAGCAUCCCUGUGCCUGGCUGGUGCUGCAGGGCAGCAGCAGAGCCCUCUGGUUGGGCUGAGAUCUGUGAAUUUCAGUAAUAAAGGUUCACUGAGCUGUGCUCAGG